GUUGUGUGUUGUUGUGUGUUGUGUGUUGUGUGUUGUUGUGUCAGUCUAUACGGACCACCGGCUUUUUUCCUGUGCCUUUAGCGAGGUUUAUUUCCACGCUCGCCCACCUUGGAGAGGACCGACACGGGAGUGCGUUCCGACGACUUGCUAAACUCAGUGGAGUGGGGUUGACUAAGGUAACCCUAAUUCUGGGGAGUUGGGGGCUUCUGAAGAAAUGGAAUUCCCAGACCUGGGACAACACUGCUCGGAGAAGACCUGCAGGCGGCUGGAUUUCCUUCCUCUGAAAUGUGAUGCCUGCAAGGAACUUUUCUGCAAAGAUCACAUUAUCUACAGCAGACACAGGUGUUCUUCGGCACACAAGAAGGAUGUACAGGUUCCAGUCUGCCCUCUUUGCAACUCUCCGGUCCCUGUCAGAAAGGGGGAGACGCCCGAUGUAGCUGUCGGGGCCCAUAUGGACCGGGAUUGUCAACAGGAUCCGGCCCAACAGAAGCAGAAA